GAGCACCAGAAAUAAUCCUGAACUGGGAAAAAUACAAUCAAACAGCAGAUGUGUGGUCUGUGGGUUGUAUCCUGGGUGAAAUGUUAACAAAACGAGCUGUGAUACGAGGGCAAAAUUUCAACGAUCAGGUAAAGCAGAUAUUAUGUCUAGUCGGAACACCGGAUUAUGAAAUGCUAAAGAAAUUUACCAGUGAAGAUGCUAUAGAUAGGAUUAAACAAUUCGGAACUUUUGUAAAACAAGAUUUCUCAACCUUUUUUAAUACCACAGAUGAAGACACACUUAGUCUUUUGGACCAAAUAUUUAAUUUAGAUGUAGAUAACCGAAUCUCUGUGGAUGAGGCAAUGAAACAUCGUUUCUUUGAGGACCAUUUCCAACAGACUGACUAUAAGCAUGCACCAAAUUUUUGUGACAGAUAUUCCGAUAUUGAAUUGAACCAAAUGGAAUGGUUAGGUCUUAUUUACGAGGAAAUCAAAAACAACAACUGUAAUACAGAAACACACACUCAUCUGAGUGUGAACACGCUGGAGCACUGCCUUCAAUCGAACAAAUCGACCCCAGGACUCACUCUUUGCAAGCCCAGCCCCAAUUCCAUCGGUCUCCUUUGCUGAACUGCUAAGUUACAGGGACAUAAACACACCAACAUCAGUUGUCAAGCAAUGGUGGGGGAACAAACACAGACAUACAAACACACAUACACACACACACACACAUAUGGCUAUGGUUGGCCUGAGACUUUAGUAGAAGACACUUGCCCAAGGUGCUACUCAGUGGGACUGAACCCGGAACCAUGUAGUUGGUAAGUAAGCUACUUACCACACAACCACUCCUGCACCUAUAUAUAUAUAUCUAUCUAUCUCUCUCUCUCUAUAUAUAUAUAUAUAGGAAAAUGAAAAAAAGCCAGAAUGCUGAACUGGAAGCAUAUUUUAAU